GGAUUUCAAUCGGCUUUGGUUCUACCCUUCACUGUUUAGAUGUAUGUUCAAGCUGGCGCAGUUCAAUCCUACCCUACAAGUUAAGGCAAUCUGGAACGCAACCGAAGGGGUCAACAACACCCCUAUGACGCAGGGGUAUGAGGCAGUCGUUCGCGCAGGUGCAUCAGAGGGAGUCUAAAAAAGGUGCGACAUUGUCGAGACAUUGCUUGGCAUCGUCAAGGGGAAAUCGUCGGCUUUCACAACUGGGCAACCAUGUCCAAAGUCACCCAGACAGCAACUCUAACCGCCCGCUCAGUACCAAUAUCAACAGGCCAGUAAAGUGUAGUUGGGAUCAUAGGAAGACCGCUGACUGCGAAUGAAACAAGCACCCAGCAAAACGCACCGGAUCUUAAGAUCCUUCACCUUAACCCUCCCCUGACAUCCUCCCUUGGAGAGGCUCUUUGCGAGGUUUACCAUGACAUAUGUGACGACUACGAACCAUGAGUGCCAUUCCGCGGAAAAUGGUUUGAGAGGCAGGCAUAUGCCAAAAUCGAGGAGGCUUUCAGUUGAAACUGGGAUUCAAAGGUACCUAGAUGAUAAUGGCCGGGUAGUGCUUUAAGCGGAUGAACGUGUUUCAACCAAGGCGGUCAUCAACACGUUCUUUAAGAUGCCAGACCAUCCUGCAAGAGAGAGACCGAUUUGUUUCCUUCAUUCCCAUUCCAUUCUAUAUCAAAGCUCUUCACUCAAGAUAACAUUCUUUUCGACUUACAGCUGGGCUGUCUUUUAGUUAUAUUUUCAUUCUCUACGUUCCAUUCCCUUUUCGUAUCUAUACCACCUUUACGCUCCACACUUUUUUUUUCACCAGUCAAGAUGCAAUUCAAGUUCGCCUUUGUCUUCAGUCUCCUUACCUCCGCCCUCGCUGCGCCCUGCGAUGUUGACACUCGGGGCUUAAGCAAGCGAGCUCUUUCUGCUCAAAGCUACUCCCAGUUCCAAGUCUCCAGCGGCGUUGGCGGUAACGCCCUGGCCGAAGUCCAAGCCAAGUUUCCCGUCGACGAAAACAACCUGGCCUCAGUUUCCGCCGCCGACCUCGCCAUUAUCAAAGCCGCGCGCCAGACAGCCGAAGACGCCGAGACCAAGGCUGGCGGCUUCAAUGAGGCUAUCAAGGCCGCCGGCGGCACCAAGACCACGGCCGGCGCGGCGCUCCAGGUCGGCAAGAUCAAGAACAAGGUCCUCAAGCUUAAGCUCUUCACUCUCGCCAUGCAGAUCGAGCAGGCCAAGGGAGGCAAGGACAACUCGGCCAAGAUCGCUGAGGAAACCAAAAAGCUUAACAAGAACAUUGAGCUUGACAAGGCGGCUGCCGGCCAGAAGAGUACCAGCGUUAACUUUCAGGGGACUAGCCAGCCUUAAAUUGGGUGGUUAACGAUUAAGAUGACAAUUUAGGGCGUAGAGAUUACGUGGAUGGAUGAAAUGGAGAAAGAACCAUGCAUGGUCUCCGAAAAGAGAGAUACCGACUACCCAGCGGGUGACGUUCCGGGGAUAGAACCAAUAAAUAAUACGAUGUUGGGCUCA